GAGUAUUUGCAGCCGUUAACAUAGGAGGAAUAUCAACUUCAUCAGAAUACAGACCUGUCAGAUUUUAUGCUAUGAAAGUGAGUAAAAAUCAAAAUAAAGCACUUAGGGAAAAAAUAGAAUUGUGUAUAGCAAAAGCAUCAGUUCUAGAAAGAUUUUCCUCAUUAGUAUCAGUAUAUUAUAUAAUAGUUGGUAUAAUAGCAGGAGUUUCCAGGGUUUUAGGAACAGUUUCGUGUCAGGAUUGGCUAUACAUACCAAUAUUAUUAUCCUGGACAAUUUCAGCUCUCUGUAGAAGAGCAUUUUCGAGAAACCUAGUAGUUAAAGACCCUAAGAAGAUAUUUAGAAGCAGUAACAAUGACAUUGACAUUGAAAGCGAAAAAAAUGUAGUUAAAAUAAUUUUGGAAGUUACUGAUUUGGAAGCAAAAGGUAUCAGAGAUAAGCGUGCUAUCAUAACAUUAACUGCAUUUUUAUCAAUCAUUUGGCCUUGGCUUGCUUUAAUUUUGGCAUACUUAACACCUCUGGUCGGAUAUUUUU